AUGUCAUUGUAUCAGUUUACAUCGACUGAAUUAUCACCUGAUCUUCCCAUUUGUUUGUAUGAAAUAAGUGGUCGAUUAAUUUACGGUACUGAGGAAGAAUUACAUGAAAUGGAAUCGAAUGCAUUGUUAGGCGUAUUUCCAAAAAUUGAAAAUGGUUUGCUAAACCGAUUGCAACAAUCAUUAUCACGUGAUGGUAAUCGUGAAACUUUUAUGGACAGUCAAGGAAGUCGAUUUCAGCAAGUCGUAAGUAGUUGGACAACCAAAGGUAUCGAGAGUUUGGUUAAUUGUGUUAAAAAUGCUGUGAAUAGUACUAUUCCCUACAGUGGUUGGCUUUCAUCUGCAGGUCAAAUUUUCAAUAAAGCUCAGAUCGAUAUCAUUAAUGUUUUUGCUAAAUCUGAAGAAAGCUUAUAUGAUUCCAUUAUGCAAACUUCAUCUACAUUAAAUUGGUUAACAAAUUGGGCUCGUUGUAUUGCGAUACAUAAUAGCUGUCGUCGAAUUGCAGUAUGUCAAAAUAACGAUUAUAUUAGAGUAUUUUGUUGCAACUCUGAUCGAAUACCUAUUACACUAAAACACCAUUAUCAGCAGAAUGUAACUGAUAUGGCUUGGAAACCUUUUGAUCGCAUGGUGCUAGCAGUGGCUUGUACUCAUGCUGUGUUAAUUUGGCGACUUGACAAACAAAACCUGAAUAUUCGGCCAUCAGUCAACUGCGCGGAUGUUAUCGAAAUGUCAUCACUUGCUCCAAUCAUGCAGUGUUUGUGGGAUUCUGUUUUUGAUCAAGCUUUAUUUGUUGUUUCGGCAUCAUCAUCAUGCUUGCAGGACAUCUCAUUUGGCUAUUAG